AUGACAAGAGGACCGCGAGGACUAAACGCCGCUAGACGGCUGCGCAUGAACCAGAAAGAGCAGCGCUGGGCCAACAAGGACUAUCGAAAAGUAGCUCUCGGCUCUACAUUCAAGUCGUCACCUUUCACCGGUUCGUCCCAUGCCAAGGGCAUAGUUCUUGAGAAAGUCGGAGUUGAGGCCAAGCAGCCCAACUCUGCCAUUCGCAAGUGUGUCCGCGUUCAGUUGAUUAAGAAUGGCAAAAAGGUUACAGCAUUUGUCCCCAAUGACGGCUGUCUUAACUUUAUAGACGAAAACGACGAAGUGCUUCUCGCUGGCUUUGGUCGCAAGGGCCGAGCAAAGGGCGACAUUCCGGGCGUUCGUUUCAAGAUUGUCAAAGUUUCUGGUGUCAGCUUGCUUUCUCUCUGGAAGGAGAAAAAGGAAAAGCCCAGAAACUGA